AUGUCUUUGCUCCAACAGUUGACUCUCUUCCAGUAUAAAGAACCUAGUGAAGGAUACUGGGGUCCGGUGACCGCCACAAUUGACUGGUGUGAAGAAAACUAUGUGGUUUCUCCGUUUUUUGCAGAAAUAGUCAACGCCACCACCAACCUCUCCUUUUACUUCCUGUCGCUCAACCUAUUACGUUCGGCUAUCAAGAACGACCAUGGAUUGAUGUUUGUGUUUGUGUCCAUCGGUAUGUGCGUCGUUGGAAUCGGAUCUUGGUUGUUCCACAUGACUUUAAAGUACGAGUUCCAAUUAUUAGACGAACUACCAAUGAUCUACGUCACUGCAAUCCCAUUUGCCUACAUUUUUGGACUGGAGACUAACUCCAAGUUCAAAAGGUACCUUGUGUAUGUCACCACUGGUACCCUUAUUGCUGGGCUCACAUACAUCUAUUGUUCCGUUUACAAAAAUCCUGAGCUCCAUCAGGCUUCAUAUGCUGUUCUCAACAUCUCCAUUGUGGUGAAAUCGGUUUCCCUUGUCAAGAAGCAUGUUACGGACUACAACCAGAGGCAUUUCCUGUACAAGUUUGUUGGAUUUGCUCUAUUUGAGUUCCUAUUUGGAUUUCUCGUUUGGAACCUGGACACAGUGUAUUGUUCGGACCUAAUUAGAGUCAGAAGACUGGUUGGGUUGCCACUGGGUGCUCUGCUUUUUGAAGGUCACGGAUGGUGGCACAUUCUCACCUCCUUGGGAAUUUUCCACUUUAUUUUAUACAACCAAAUGUUAAACGUUUGGUACCGAGGACUUCAAGACAAAUACGAAUUGGUCUGGAGACUUGGGAUGCCCUUUGAGGUCAGACUGAAGCCACAGCCUGCUCCAGUUGCAAAGAAGGAAAAGUCUUCUAAAUAG